AUGGUAAUGCUGUUUCUAAUGAGCCUUCAUUUAAUAGCAAUAGCCUUUGCAACCAUUAAUACCUAUGACUGGUUAGUCAGUAGUACCAGGCUGGUUGGAAACAAGUAUCCAGUACUCUUAAUGAACUCUCAAAGGUUUAAUAAGUCAGUUGCAAAUGUUGAGAUCACCUUGUCAUUUCCCAGUGCUGAUUCAGUUUCUGUGUAUAAAGUUCCUUGUAAUAGUUUAAGAGCUUCUUCCGCAAGAUUGGGUCCCAAACAUGUGGUUACAAAUCUACUUACAAAUAAAAUUUCACGUACUGGCUUUAACUUUGACAAUAUUCCUUUAAAUUUAGCACCUGGAUCUACAGUUACUUACAGCAUUGCAAACACAUUGCCUCUUGACUCAAGUUCAUGUAUUUCCCUUGUCUUUAUAAAUUCAGCUGAAGCAUAUGAUGAGUUUCUUUACAUACAAACCAAUUUUACAAACUAUAUAUUUCGUUCAGAUUGUUUGACAAAUGGUAAUACUACUGUUAUAAGCUUCCCAGUCAAGGAUGAGCAGAAUGAUUAUUACGUUGGCAUUGAAAGCAAUAUUAGCAAUGCCAAUACUGACAUCAUCACUGUUAGUGCUGAGGUUUCUGUGGUUCAGGUUUACUAUAAUUUGUCAAAUGCAGAAGUAUACACCAGCCUGUCGGUAAAUAGGACAUCCUGCAUUGUUAGGAUGUGUGAAACUAUUCUUUGUCUUGACCCACACCAUGUGUGCGUACUUGUUAAUUCAACGAGUUUUAACUUUAUUUCUUAUUCCAGUCAUCCUGAUAUUACUACUAUUACAUCUACAUCUCGUGUUUUUGGUUUUCUGGCCAUUAUUUGUGCUUUCUUCUUAACCUUGUUCAUAUCUUCUGUUUCCUUUGGCUAUUGUAUUAAGAAAAAAGAUGCAGUCAGACGAAAAAUUUUGUCCAACAGAAGAGGGAGCAUUUUUCUAAGUAUUUUUAUUGGCAUCAUGAUAUUUGAAGGCGUAUUUAUUCCUAUUAUUCUUUCUUACUCAAUCAAAUUCUAUGGGAAAACAUGGAUAAACAACACUAAAGAUUUUGUUUUAGUUAAUUUAGAUCAGACAGGCUUCAUUAAGUGGGUUAAUACACAUGAUAUUGCUUUUUCAGUAGAAACUGACUCAGCAAAUUCUUCUGACAUUAGUUUGUACACUGUUAGCCGUAGCGAAGCUGUUCCUAUUCCCUUGGCGAAUAAAAGUAAAAUUGAAUGUAAAAAUUUCAGUAGUUCCUGUGUACUCAAUGAGUCCAUCUACUUAGUGAAAGCUGAGGAGAACUAUGUUAAUUACAAUAUAUCAUUAUUCUCAAAUAUUAGUGGCCUUCCAUUUCGUGUUUCAACCUUCGAUGACUAUGAGCAAUAUGAAAAUUUUUUUACAAAAAAGCCUUAUACUCCAUUGCAAAGUUCUUUGUUUUAUGGCAAUGAAACCUUCAAUUUUAAUUUUUCGAAUAUUGACAUGAAACAAAAAGCUGCCUACUAUCACUUUGUACUGCACCCUGCAUUUCAGGCUGAUGUAUACACUCACACCAAGUACUAUUAUACUAAUAGUUCAGUCCAAAUGGAAAGCAGUAUGAGCCAUUAUAAAUUGAACAAAACUUACAGACCUCAUUGUAAUAUAACAAAGAAUUCUACUUCAAUUUGCCGCAGCUCCAUAAAAGACAAUAUCCGUGUAGUGGCAAGAGCAAAUAUGUUGACAAAACCAGUUCUUCUUGUUGCAACAACAACAAAUGUACCAUUGGCAGUAUUUGUAGCUGUUGUACCUGCACUAGUUAUUAUCUUUGUUGUACUCGUUAUUAUUGUCUUUGCAUUCAUAGUUCGGUGGAAGUCUAGUAAAGGAUACCAACCAUUACCAACAAGAAGUUUUAAAGAUGGUAAAUUACCAGAAGGUCAAUCUACAAGACAAGAUGAUUCUGAAGAGCAACCAGGUAGUGAACCUGAACUAGCACGAGAAGGUCAAUUAGCAAGAGACAGUCAGCAAGCAGAUGAAUUAGCAACAGAUGAUAAAUCAGCAAAAAUGGAUGAUGGUUCGGCAAAAAAGGAUGAUGAAUUAGCAAAAAAGGAUGAUGAAUUAGCAAAAAAGGAUGAUCAAACAAAUAAACCUGAAGGUGUUGCUGGAACAGAGUCAUUUUUCAUUCAAAAUUAUGCACAAUUACUAAACUGGGAAGAAUAUGGUUUGAGGAUAACAGUACCAGAAGGAGCUGUUCCACCUUCUGAAACCAUUGAAGUAUCCAUUACUGCUCUUGUUGGUGGAGAGUUUAUAUUACCAGAGGAUUCUGAGCUAGUCAGUGUUGUGUACACUAUAACUGUCUCCAAGCCUCUACUGAAACCAGUUCUGCUAGAGAUACAGCAUUGUGUUUCAAUUGAAACACCAUCUCAUGCAAAUCACCUCAGCUUUGUUGCUUCCUCUAAUGAUCACUGUCGAUUUGAAUUUCAAACAGUAGAUAAAGGAAGUUUUCCAGUUGGUGAGCGAUUAAGGGUUGGGUUUUACGCUACUCACAUCGAAGC